ACGGAACUGGUCUCCUAAGAAGCUCUGGAGGUUGCUACAAGUAAUAUUUCAUCACUUUCGGCUUUCGGUAUACUGCAUGAUAAAUACAUGAACUUGAAUGGAUUUAGAAGUUAAAGGAGUUGCUGCAUCUCCUAGGAGCCAAACUCAGUCAUGCUCUGAAAGAAAGAAACCAUUAUACCAAGGAGUGUCUUCGGAAUCAUGGGCAACCCAGAAUCCUUGCCCUCCUGUGGUUCCACGGCUUGAUUUGGGAAGCCUUGUUGACUCUGAUGAUGAGGAGCAAAACGUAAUACCUGAAAAUUUACCAGCACCAACAGGCAAAUAUAAACUAAAAUACCAGCAAUAUAAGACCGAAAUGAAAGAGGGGUUUAAACAGCAUAGUCAAAUAAAUGCACAGAAGAAAAAUUCAAUUGUCACAUGUCCACAAUCUCCUAGAAACAAUAUGGAUGGAAAGUGUGUACAAGGCGAAGAAACCUUCAUGGACGAUCUUACAACUUUGGAUAGGAAAGCCCUCUUACAGCAAGGUUAUGCAGACAACCCUUACAAUUCACAACAAAGUGCAAGAAAAUUUGAGGCGGAAAUUGUGGCUACUGAGAAGAAGAAACAGACUGUUGCAGAGCAAGUAAUGAUAGACCACUUAUCUAGGGCUGUAAUCAGUGAUCCAGAACAAAAUUUAACCAUUGAGAAACAAGAAAGUGCUCAUAUCCUUCCAGAUCCAAAGAUAACACCUUUACGAGUUAGGAAAAGAAUACUACAUGAAACAAAGAUAAGAACCCAUUCUACAUUAACUGAGAAUGUGCUUUCUCAAAAAUUGCAAUUUGAUGGUAGGAUCAUUUCAAGAAAUGGACGUGAUGCUUGCAGAGAGCUAAUUGGGUUCUUUUUUACUCAUGACCAUUCCCUUACUAUUUAUGAAUAUCGGCAAUUUGGGAAAAAUAGAACAAAUGUGCUUCCUUUUAUUCAAAAAAAUGUUUAUUGUCAUCAGCGUGGACGAAGAAAAGGAAACCAAUACCAACUUGGUGAUUUUUAUAUUGGUGCAAACUUGACAUUUUUGAGUUCUGAUCAUCCCAGCCUUCCAGAAAGCAUGAAAGAAAAUACAUUGUUUAUACUUCGAAUCACAAAUAUUGAUCAGAUAGCUUUGGAUUCUCUUAAAACAACUUCUGUGGAGCAUAAGGAUGAUGGAGUUCACCAAGAAGCCAAUGAUAAGCUGGUCUUGAAGGCCGUUCAAGAUGUGCUAAAAGAAAAACUGCAUAAAAAGGGUGUUCGUAUUUUGACUGGAUUGGGAAAAUACUUUAAACAAUUGGACAAGGAAGGAAACGGACUUUUAGAUAUGGCAGAUUUUAAGCAAGCUCUAAAAGUAUUUCAUUUAGAAGUGUCUGAAAAGGAUUUUGAGUCAUUGUGGCUAACUUUGAAUGGCAGUUGCAAUGGCAAGGUUGAUUAUGGAGAAUUCACACGUGCUAUUAUUGGUGAAAUGAAUGAAUAUAGGAAAUCAUUUGUUCGAAAGGCAUUUAUGAAACUGGAUUUCAACAAAACUGGCAGUGUGCCUAUUAUAGACAUAAGAAAAUGUUACUGUGCAAAGAAGCACCCACAAGUAAUUUCAGGUCAUUCCACAGAAGAAGAAAUCAAAUCAUCUUUUCUAGAAACAUUAAAAGAUACUUGCAGCAAGUCUGAUGAAGUGUCAUAUUGUGAAUUUGAAGAUUACUAUGAAGGUCUAAGUAUGGGGAUAGUAGAUGAUGAAGAUUUUGUUAAUAUAUUGCGAACUCCAUGGGGGAUUUAGUUUUUAAAAUGUGGCUCCAGGACUAAACAUUUUAUAGGAGAGAUGAAUUGAACAUAAAAUGUGAUCAAACAAUGAAAUAUUUUCUUUGGGGAUUCCAUUUAUUCUGGUGUUUUUCCCCCUCAAAAAAGUUUCAGGAAAGAGAAAUAUUCAGAACGAUAGAAGUAAGGGUGUGUGUGUGUGUGUGUGUGUGUGUGUGUGUGUUUGUGUUUAUAUAAGUGCCUGUAUGUUUAUAAAAAUAUGUUUUUUGAUUUAUUAUUUAUCUUGCAUCUAUUUUAGAGGUCAUUUUCAAAUAAGAAAGGUACAUCUGCAUCAAGCAUGCUUUAUGGAGGAAUCUAUACAGUAACCAGAUUUCCUGUUUUUCUCAUUGUACUUUUGCUACCUCUUCCCCCAAAUGUAAUUGCCACCAUUCUCAAUUGGACCAAUUGGAAUUGCCCCAAAGCCUAUUCAAUUGAAAUAGUUCAACUUGUUUUAAAAAUAUUUGAAAAGGUUAAAGGAAUUAAAGCAUAUGCAAGGGAAAAUAUUUUUGCAGUGUGAUUAUAUAUGUUUUCUCUAACCUUAAUAUUUAGAAUGAUGGCAGCUUACCCCCAAAAUGCUUAUUUAAAAACUGAUUUGUCUUGUAAAUUCUUCUCUUGUAGAUUAUGUGCUGUUGUUUAUUCAGUACAGCACAAGGUAACUAUUCUAGUGAACUGUUCAAAUUUUUUUAUUCUAUUUUUAACUGUAAUCCUUAAUACCGGUAUAAAAUCAAUUAAUUAGCUAAAAACAAUACAAAACAUAAGAGGGAAUGUUCUCCUGGAUUAUUAAAGAAAGAUUUCUAAUUUGUACAUUAUCAUGUACUUGAAUCUAAGAGAUUGUCUGGUAAUGCUUAAAAAUAUAAAUGGAUAUUUCGUGACAUAAAGUGAAUGUAUGAUAAGCCAAACAUCUUUUUUUUUUUUUUUUUGGUACAUUAAACAACUGAAACACUUUUUUCCUAAAUAUUUAUUAUUUAAUGGUUAAAUGUAUUGUAAUUUUUCCUUCUAAAUUAUUCUAUGUUCCUCACUACACCCUGGGGAUGCAGAGAGAAGAAAAUAAUUUAUAGGAUUGUUUCCAAGUUUAUAAUUUUAAAUUUCAUAAAUUAAGAUAACAUAAAUUAGAACAAAAUAGUGUGCAGCAAAAUAAGAACUGGUUGAAAAAUGAGAAUAUAUUCUUUGUGGAAUAUGACUUCAGUCAUAUCACUUUAUCCAUCUAAACCCUUGUCAACAUUAUCAGAAGACAUCUGGUCUGAAUUUUAAUAUGUGUGAAGCCAAUAAAUUCAAAGCAGUUCUUUUUAAGAUUUUAGAACUCACUACUAAAUAUCAGAAAAGAAAUGUACAAAUGUGUUAGUGCUAUUUUCGCUAGCUUAAUUCUUUACUUUUCAUCUUUUUUUUUUCCAAUUUGAUUAUUGAAAUAAAAAUAACAUGCUAAAUAAUGUUUCAGCAAAAACAGGUCUAUGAAACUACUUCUGAAUCAUCUUUUCUUCUUGGAAAAAUUCUUCAUAUACAAUAUACUGGUAGUAUUUUUCAUUAAUAAAUUUUUAUUUAGUUCUCAUUGACAAAAUCUGUACUCAAUAUUGGUAUCUCAUUUUCCUGUCAAUAGAAGCAGAAAAUGUAAAGGCUGUCAUAUGAUUAAAAAGGGGAGUGGGGACACUUCUGGAAUUUAACAUGUUUAUAUGACAGCAGACUCUUAAUAUAAACCUCCACCUUCAUAAAUAUUCACAUGUGAUUAUUUGUAGGAAGUUUCUCUAUUAAUGAGAUGUAACUCUUCUGUAGUUAAUUUCUUAUUAUUUUACAUUGUUUUGCUUUCAUGUUUAGUUAGAAAACACAUAUUUAUAAAAUGUUUUUAGUAUAUUCUGUUAACUUAGAAUUGGUGACUCACAAGUCAUUUUGCUUCUAAGUUUGUCUGAACUGCCUGCAUUCUUCUUUAACUUUAAUACAGUAAAAUUAUUAUUUAGUGUUCACUUUGAUAGAAGAAUGUUGACAUUUCCAGCCAUCCACCGUGUAAUACUUGACUUUUGAAAUUCUAUUCUUAAUAGUCUUUAAAAUUCUAAAGUACCUUUUGAAUAAUUUUAAAAUAUGAAGUUAUAUGUUGUAAUGUUACAUGUAUUUUAUAGUUAAGUAUAUUUUAUAGUUCUCCAUAUCUUUGAAAUUUGGUCACUUGUUUGUAGUAUAGAAUCACUUUUCCAGUUAACCAUAUUGUUUAUUAAAUUGUAUAUAUUUACCUUACUCUCUAUUAUAAAGUUUUACAGACUUUUCAGGAAAAAAAUCCCAUUUUAUUAGGAAAAUAAAGAAUAUUAUUUUGGAUUUUUUAGCUUCAUUUUUAUUAGGAAAGAAUAUGCAUUUGCAUGAUGGAACAAUUAAAGUAUAGUGUAGUUAAUUAAAGUGUAUAUUCAUGUUUUACAUUUUAAAGUACCUGAAUGUGUGAGCUCAAUGAAUCAUGACUCUCUGUAUAGUAAGAAUCACUUAGAAUAGUUCAGAAUUUUGAUACAGUUAAGACAUCUUAUUUUACUCAUGACUUUUGACUUCUGUCAGUCUAAAUUGUUGACAAUUACCCCAGGAAGAAUUGUGAUCAAUAGGCUAUACACAUUACAGAUCAUGUAAGUAUGCAUUUGUGAGAUUGCAGCGGAUAGUAUUUGCAGAAAUAAAAUAUGUACCAUUAAAAACUGUAAUUGCAACUAGUUUGACCAUCAGGGUCAUACAUAUAGAGUAGAAAGUAAAAGUGCUUACAGACAUAGAAUGGACUGAGUCCGUCUAACACAAGCCAAGCAAAUGCAAAGAAAAUCCAUAAGUGUGAACAGAGAUUUAUUAGUAUCUGAUAAGAAGAUGCUCCUGUCAGAUCUUUCCUUUUUUGUUUUAAAGUUAUAGAAACUUCUAAGGAAAAUUUAUCUAUUGGAUGUGCUUCAUAUAAUAAGGAAGAAAUGCUCCAUAUUGGAGUCCCUGUGCAGUUGAUCAUUACUUUAUUCAUUCAUUAUCAGUCAUUUAUACUUGAUGAAUGGCACCAUCUGUGCAAUUGCCCAAGGCUCUGAGAUAUUCUAGAUUUCUCUCACAUUCACUUCAUAUAUCCAUUGAGUCUCAAGUCCUAUGGUUUCUUACUUUUGAAUCUGUCUCUUUCACUCUAUUCUCAGUGCUUUUGCCUUAGUUCAUGCUUUUAGCAUGCUCAUGCAUAUUACCCGCCUCAUCAACUCUCCCUCCUCCCCAAUCCCACUUCAUACCAUCCUACGCAUGGCUAUUGGAAUGAACUUUACUCCCAUGAUUAAAAUCCUUCAGUGGUAUCCCAUAUCCUUCAGAAAAUUUCAAACUCCUUACCUUAACACCUAAAACCUAAAUUAUCUGGUCUCUCUGAAUCCACCUUCCUAUCCUCAGCUCACUUCCCACAUUGCUUCAGCCAUUCUGAGCUACUUACAGCUUUUAAAAUGGAUUGUGGGGUUUCAAACCUCUGUGCCUUCAUACCUGCUCUGCUAAUUUGUCUAAAAUUAUUUUCUCUGCUGAGUGUAUCUAAAUGAAUUCAUACUGGUCUUUUAAUACUGCCUCAAGAACAUCUCUUCUAGAAAGCUGAAUCAGACAAACUCUUGAGUCUGCUAUUAUAGUUUUCUUCCAUGGAAUCCUAUUGACACCCUGGGUGUGACCUAAAUCUAGCAUUUAUCACUUUAUACUAUAAUCAUUAUGUUGUUUAUGUUUCCUCCACUAGAUUGUAGCCUCCUUGAGGGUAGAAACCAUAUCUUACUUAAUUGUACAACCUUGUUGUCUAGCACAGUAUUUGACAAUUGAUAAAUUGAUUGUGUUCAAUAAAUAUUUGUUGACUGAAUAAAUGUGUGAUUUAUUGAACAGUAACUGUUAUGGUGCUUGUAUUUGACUUUAAAAUACUUUAGCAUAGACAAUGUAAGUAGUAAGAAUGUUAUAUCUGGUGCAAGCUUCAACUUUAAGGGAUGUAAGUUCCUAAUAAAGAAUGCACUCUGGGGGUGGUACAGCUAGCCCUUUAUUCGAAAGACCUCACUUGAGAAGGGCUACUACAUUCACUUCAGUUAUCUGUAAUUCAGUCAACAUGUGAUGCCCAGCUAAUUAGCCUGUAAACAUAAUGGAUUGUAUUCAUCAAAAGAGUGUCUUGUUAGAACCCUAAAUGGUCUUGGCUCCAGCUAUGGAUUAGAACGACUUCUGGUUGUCCUACUCUAACCAUAAGGUAACCAGAUCCUGCCCCUGGAAUGUUGCUUCUACUUCCUCCAGUGAGCCUUUUGGACAGAGUGGUGGUUGGCGCUCCCAACAGAACA